AUGGUGCGCAUUGGUGACCAGGUCAUCCUGGAAGAAGUUUUCGAUGAGACGUGUGUUCCUACCGAGGAAGAAAUUUGGGAUUUUGCCCGGGAACUCGGGAUUGACCCUGAGAAGGAGCCGGAGCUGAUGUGGGUAGCUGAGGAAUGCCUUAUGGCCAUGUUACCCCCUGAGUGGAAGCCCUGCCAGGAUGUCACGGGGGAUAUCUACUACUUUAACUUUGCUAAUGGCCAGUCCACGUGGGACCACCCCUGUGAUGAUUACUACAGAGCCCUUGUCAUUAAGGAGCGAAAGAAGCUGCUGGCACAGGGCAGCUUGAAAAAGAAAGAGAAGAAAAAGAAAAAAGAAAAGAAAGGGAAGAAAGACAAGAAGGAGAAGCAGGUGCUGAAGCAAUCCACUCCCUCAGACACCCUGCUGGCACCUGCCCUGCGGACCCUGCCUCCGCUGCGUGGCCCUGUGGCUCCUCUGUCCGGCAUCCUCCACGGAUCACUGACCUCGGACGUGGGGAGCUCAGCGGAGUUCAGCCUUGUGCCCAAAAGAGGAAUGCAGACCUUCAGUGGGACAGCAAGGCUGCUCAAAAACCUGCAUGUGGACAUCAGUGCCCUGGGAGGCAGCUUUGACUCAGAGGAGCACAGCAGAGCGGAGGAGGCGAGCUGUGGCAGCCAGCGGCUAGCUGAUGUUGCUGAAGCUGAUGGCCAGCACCGGAGGAGUCCCGCCGAGGAAGCUCCCAGCCUCAGAGAGAAGGAGUCUUUAAAAUCAAGACACGCUGCAGAAGGGCAAGAGUCUUCCUUGGAUUCUGAUGUUGCGUGCCCCCCAACUCCAGUCCAAGUCCUUCCUGGAGAUGCUGACAGUAGCCUGUCUGGCCAGAACAAGGAAGAGUCUGAUGGGGAACUCACUGGGGAUGAACUUCUGGGCAAGAAAGAUGCUGAGGUGGAAGGUGACAUCUCUGCAGCUGAUGAGCUGCCCCUGUCCCUGGGGGAAAGGACUGCGGCAGGGACAGGUGUGCCCAGUGGUCCUGGGCAACCUCAAGGUGCUGCUGAGGCGGAUCAGCUGGAGAGCCUGGCUGCCACCAUCGACACCGUGUCUGUUGAUGAAAAGAUAGUGAAUGAAAUGGGGGAAGAAGCAGCAGCUGAUCUGCAAACAGACAGCAGGCUGGAUGCUGGCCAACUUUCAAAGGCACCCGAGACCAGCGACUGCAGUGAGGACUUGCAAGUCUCUAUCCGCUCGGGGGGUGAGCCGAUUCAGCCUCUGGGCUUGGGCUUCCUGAGUCAGUUUUCCGAGCAGGUGCUGGAUGUGGGGCUUCUGUCUCCUGCUUUGGGCAGCCCCAUGGGCAAGGCCCAGCAGCUGGAAGAAGAGGAAAAAGAUGAAAGCAAAGGCAGUGUAGAGAAAGAGCAAAGCAAAAGAACCGAAGCUGCUGAGAGCGAGAGGGAUCAGAGUGCUUCUGAAACACCAGAAGAGAAGUGUUUUGCUUUAGAAAAUGCCGCUCAGGAGGAGGCUGUGGUGCAGGAGCCAGAGGAGGGAUCACUGGAAAGCCUGGUGGAUCUGGAGGAGCUUGCUGCACCGCAGAAAGCGCAACCUGAGAAGGAAAUCGAACAUGAGCAGUCCUUGAAGCAGCCCAGUGAAAAAUCCCUGGAGGGAAAAGCCAAGGAGAUGGAGCUCAAGCAAGAGAAAAUGCAUGUAUUGCAAACAAAGAAGGAGAAAAUUCAGCAUUUCCAGGAGGAGAGGAGGCAGCAGGAGGAGGAGGAAGCUCAGAAGCUUCGUCAGCAAAAAGAAGAAUCCCUCAGGACUCUAAAAGAAGAUUUGGCAAAGGUUUCUGAGGAGGAAGAGCUGCGUGUCAGAGCGGAAGCAGCUGAGACACUCUCCAAGCUGCAAGCCAAAAUCGCCUCGGAGACGGAGGCAGAGAAGGAGAAGAUAAGGGCAGAGCAAGAGGUGACACUGCGGAAGCUAAGAGAGGAGUGGGAAUCCCAGCAGGUAACGGAGAAGGAAAGCCUGGAGAGGGAGCGGCAGCUUGCAAUGGAGAAAAUGAGGCUGGAAAUGGAGGAAGCUCAGCAGAAGGAGAAGAUCAGGCUGGAACAAGAGAAGGAACAGUUCCUGAGUGAGCUCAAGGAGAGAGCAGAGAGGGAACAGAAGAAGGCAGUAGAAGAGCUAGAGAAACAGUUUGCAAAUGAACUCCAGCAGCUGAAAUCAGCAGCAGAAGAGAAGCAUCAUAAGGUCAUUUCCAGCCUGCAAACCCAGAUAGCAGAGGCACAGAGGAGUGAGGAGGCUCAGCUGCGUGAUGACUUGCGGAGAGCAGAGCAGAAAGUGCAGCAAAAAGCAUUUCAAGUGACAGAAUAUGAACACGAGCUCAGCGAGCUCCUGAGAGAGAAACGCCAGGACGUGCAAAAAGACCAUGAGAGGAAAAUGGAGAGGAUGAAAAAGGAGCACCAGGAAGUCCUGGCACGCAUUCGGGAUCAGUACGAGGAGGAGGAGAGAAAGCAGAGAGCGGAGCUGUUAGAAGGCCUGCGCAGCGAGAUGCUGCGCCUGCGGCAGCUCCACGAAGCGGAGGUGAAGGCUCUGCAGGCAGAGCUGGGUGAGCAGCUGACCGACUUGCAGCGCAAGCACAGGGAGAAGGAAAGAAAACUCAAGGAUUCAGAGAAUGAUCUUGAAAUACGCACAAAGAACCUCCAAGCCAGAUCAGCGCAGCUCCAGAGCCAGGAGGAGUCUCUGAGGAAGAAAAGGCAGCAGCUGCUGGAUGAAGACCGACAGACUGAGCUAGAAAGAGAUGAGGCUGCUUUAGCCUCUCAGCAGCGCCUGGAGGAGAGCAGGAAGGAGCAUGCCAGCCUCCUCAAGUCUGUCCGGCAGCUGCGCAGGUCUCUGGAAGAGCUGCAGGACCAGAAGGCUGAGCUGGAGGCCCAGGUGGGCUUGCUGCAGACCCGAAGCCAGAAGCUGCAGAAACGCAUCAGUGAGCUGGAGGCAGCUGUCCAGAGCAAACAGGAGACUUUGAAAGAACUGGAGGCAGAAGAAAGUGUGGCAUCUCCAAGAAAGCAAGCUGAGGUCCAUGUUGAGAACCCAAGAGAAACAAAUCAAGCUCACUUGUCCAGAGAGCCUGCUUCUCCACCCUCUCCAAGCCAGGAGGACAGCGACUUCCAGUUGGAGCAUUUCAGGAGCUACAUCUCUGCAGAAGGGACCUCCAUCAGGAAUACCAAGGAGUUCCUGGUGCACCAGAUCCACUCCAUUAGGAAGAGGCGCACGGCGCUGAAAGCUGCGAAGCAGCAGUGGCGCCAGGACGUGCAGAGAGCACAGGAGGUGGUGCAGGAUCCCAGCAGCUCCCAGCUCCUGGAGGGGGUGCGCAGGAACCUGGAAGAGGAAGCGAAGCAGUUGGACAAGAUGAAGUCAGCUGUGCAGAAAGGACAGGUGCUGCUGAAGAAGAAAGAAGAGAAGCUCAGCCAGCUGAAGUCCUCGCUGCUGGAGGAGCUUUCAGAUGAAGAUACCCUGAAGAGUGCUGCAUGCAAGAAGAUGGUGACUUUUGAUCUCAGUGACUCUGAGGACACUAGCAGCACAUCCAGUGUAAAUCUACAUCAGCCCAAGCUUGAUUUGAGAAGCAAUUUACAGCCUGCCCCCCAGCUGGACAAGUUCCAGUACUUGACAGUCUCUCUGCGGCGUAUCACUAAUGAACUGAAUGGGGUCCUCGGCAUCCUGGGCUCUCUGAACAAUCGCCAGUCUCCGCUCUUCACCUCAACGCUUCAUGACAGCAUCCCUCUUUCUAUGUAUGCCUCUGUGGCAGGACUUCAGGCAGGGGGGUCCCAGGUGCCCCCCGCCAGGGGGUCUCUGGUGGACCAGUGUCCCUGGAGCAGCAGGCUGAGCUCUAAUAGCUCUGUCCCAGCUGGACAGUCAGUGGACAGCAUCCUGGCAGAGAAGUGGCGUGGGUAUUUCCCAGGUGGGUUCCCAUUGCUCGGUGACAGUUCCAAGCCUCUGGACAACAAGCUGGGAUAUGUAUCUGCAGGUGAGCAAGUGCGGCUGUUCCAGCACUCCCAGUUCCACAGCUGUGAGUCGGAGAAGACGAGUAUCCAAGACAUGAUUGAGAGCAGCAAGAAAUGGAUAGAAGACUUUGACAGGGAUUCCAAAGUAGCUUUGAGUGCCUGGAACAGAGGUAGGAGCCCCUCGGAGACCCCAGCCAUGCUGGCGACCCUGAUGACAGCGCUGUUCUUUGUGGUGAGAGCGUUUGGGCAGAUCGGGAGCAACCUGUUCCAGGAGGAGCCCCUGCCGUACCUGGUGUACCAGCCGCUGCCCUGGCAGAUCCAGUGCGUGACGCAGAGCCGCCGCACCAGCCGGGACAGCGAGAGAGGUAGAAGCUCUCGGCACAACAGCAUCUACUCAAAUUCUGGAGAGAAAGGCAAUGUGACCCCUGAUGCCAGCAGUGAGAACAAGUUCUUCAGUGACCCUUCGGAGAAGGCAGCUGUCACCAUCCAGACCCACUUCAGGAGAUACCAGCAGCAGAAGCAGGAGGAGAAGUAG